GUUGAAGAGAUAAGUAGUUUUGAAAGAGAGGCAUGAUGCUGUGUUUAAGAACACUGGCAUUAUGUAAUUUGCAAGUUGAAAAUGGUGUUCUUUUGCAAAGAGAAAGCAGCAGAAGCAGUUUGAAUUUGAAGAAGCAGAAAAUUAAGAGGUGGAAGUGCUUUGCAGUGUCCAAAACACAAAAAGUAUAUCAUCAUCAUCAUCAUAAUUUGUUAUCUGUUUCUUUGACAUUUUUCAGUGAUUUACCACUUUAUGACUCUCCAGGGAAAGCUUCAUUUGAUGAAUACUUGGAAGAUAAACCCAGAUUGGUCAAAGCAACAUUUCCUGGAAAAAUUCAACAGCUCAACCAGGAAGAAUGGAGAAUUGAGAUGCCAAAAAUUGAGUUGUUGUUCCUCAAGAUAUGGCCAACUGUUGAUAUAAAAAUAACAUGCAAAACCAAUGGAGAAGCUUAUCCAUCUGAUGUUCCCCAUUAUAUAACUAAAGUUCUUCUACUUGAAAUGACAAACUGGGAGAUCAAUGGAAUCCAUAAAGACUACAGGCCAUCUUACGCCAAUGUUUGUUCUAGAGGAGCUAUUUACAGUGAAAAGAUUGGAACAAGAAGCCAUCUUAAGUUUAAACUCCUAAUCAACCUCAGUUUUCUUGUUCCAUACGUUCUGAAUUUCGUUUCGAAUGACGUUUUACAGAGCAUCGUCAAAACGGCUUUGAAGGCAAUGAUUGAGGACUUGAAGCAUAAAUCUAUACAUAAAUUAGUUGAGGAUUAUAAUGAGUUUAGGAAAGAGAACAAAACUAAUUAUAUAUAUUGAGCACAUCAAAAUGAUUCAAUUGCUUUGUUCAGUGAAAAAGUUUGGGCUUCUCUCCUUGGUCAAGAAUAUCAUAAGGGAUAUACUUUAUAAUAUGAUAUUAAAUUUUCGUCAACAG